AUGCCUAUCGCCAUCAAAGAUUACACUUGGGAGGAGUCGGAGAUUGAUGUUCACGUCACGGUCCCCAUCAAAGGAAACAAUUCUUCAAAGGCAGAUCUGUUUUCAAGUGAUGAGUACAUCAAGGUGAACAGUCCACCAUACCUCUUUGAGGUGUUCCUUUACGCUGGAGUAGACGACAGUAAGAGUGUAGCUCAGCUUGGAGAUGGGGUCAUUGUGUUCAAACUCAUCAAAAAAGAACCAGGAAUUUGGGGUCAGCUCUCAUCCUCGGCUCAAGGUGACAAAGACAUAAUGAAAGCCAAAAGAGACGAUGCGGUGUCAGAGAAACAUAGAAGAAUCGAGGAAGAAAUGGAAGAGAAGAGAAGAAAGAAGCGAGAGAAAGAGAAACUGGCAUUGAAUGAACAGAUGAGGCUUGAGAAUGCAGAGAAGGAGAAGAUUUAUGAGAUAAAGCAGGCUGAGAUCAGACAAGCGACAGAGGAGAUUGAGGAAUUCAAGAGGAAACACCAACAAAGUGGUGAUCCUACUCACAGACACGAUGAUGGCGACGAUGAGCACGAAGAAGAUGACGAGGAGAUCACCCAUUCACCUGAAGACAAGAAAGCUCUGAUAGACAAGCUACCGCCACCGCGAACCCGUCAGAACAUCGCCGUCAUGUUCACACCCCGUGUCUUCCCCACGCCGAUGAGAGAAUCCAGAGUACACGAAGAAGAUGAGUGGUUGAGGAAACAAGCUGAAGCAAGACGGAUGCCAGAGAUCGAUGAUGAAGAUCUUUCUCCAGAACAGAGGGAUCCAUUCUGGUUAAAAGAUAAAGGAGACUCAUUCUUCAAGGGAGGUAACUUCCAGGCAGCCAUCAAUGCUUAUAACACAGCAAUCAGACUGAAUGGAAAAGUACCUGCAUUUUAUUCAAACAGAGGUGCUUGCCAUCUGAAACUAAGGAACUUCAUUAAAUGUGUUGAAGAUUGCUCAAAGGCUAUUGAAUUACUUACUCCACCUGUACCAGCUAAUGCCUCAUCUCGUCUCAGAGCUCAUACACGAAGGGGCACAGCAUUCUGUGAAUUAGAGCUCUACGCCGAAGGUCUUCAAGAUUAUGAAGCUGCUUUGAAGAUAGAACCUAAGAAUGAACAGCUCAGACACGAUGCAGAGAGAAUCAGACAUGUCAUCCAGGGUACUACAACCUAGGGUAACCUUUGACCCCGACAAGAGGUCAUGCUAUUUAUUGUUGAUGCUGAGACGAUCUGAUGUGUCAUCCACAUUAUGAUGAUAUAAGCUAACCUUUGCCUGCAACAAGAGGUCAUGAUAUUUUUUGUUGAUGCAGACAGGUUCAAACGUGUCAUCCAGGUUACAAUUACCUAAGCUAACCUUUUAAUGCAACAAGAGGUCAGGCUAUUUAUUGUUUGCUGCAGAGAGGAUCAGACAUGUCAUCUAGGAUACUACGACCUAAGGUAACCUUUGACCCCAACAAGAGGUCAUGCUAUCUAUUCUUGAUGCAGAGAGGUUUAAACGUGUCAACCAGAUUACGAUGACCUUAGCUAACCUUUGAACACAACAAGAGGUCAUGUUAUUUAUUGUUAAUGCAGAGAGGAUCAGACAUGUCCAGGCUACUAUGACCUAGGCUAACCUUCGACCCAACAAAUGGUCAUGCUGUUAUCAUUGAUGCAGAUAGGAUUGGACAUGUCAUCUAGGAUACUACGACCUAAGGUAAUCUUUGACCCCAACAGGAGGUCAUGCUAUUUAUUCUUGAUGCAGAGAGGUUCAAACAUGUCAACCAGGUUACAAUGACCUAAGCUAACCUUUGACGACCCAACAAGAGGUCAUGCCAUUUAUUUUUGAUGCAGAGAGGAUCAAACAUGUUGUCCAGGCUACUGUGACCUAGGCUAACCGUUGACCCCAGUAAGAUGCAGAGAGGGUCAGACAUAUCAUCCAAGGUACAUUGGUCUUUACUGUUGUAAGCUACUGGAAUAUCUUGCAUCUGAUUGGAUGAGAGCAAAUUGACUUGGGAAAGUCACUGACAAAACCUUUUGUGGAACCCUCUAUGUUUAGAAAAUGACCUAAAUUACAUACUCAAUCCGGUUUUUGGUAUGAUCUUGCCCUGAUUAGCCUCGUCUCUUUUUUUGCAAAGUGGCACGACCACUAUCUUUUUUGUGAUGUUGAUUUUUUUUUUUUAUUUUAUACUUCAGUCAAGCCUGCUUUACCUACAGUACCACACGUCUGUAAAACCAAAAAGUUUGGUUUCCCAUGAAUGGGUUUCACCCUUGAAACAAGUAAUACAUGAACUUGUCCUUCAGACUUUUUGUUUGUGUUUAAUUGGAAGUCUUUAUAUACAUGUUCGAUAUAUCAGCUUUUUGCUAGCUCUGGCCUUAAAAUCAAGUAAAGCAAGUGAGAUUUGACAGGUGCAAUGUUUUGUGUAAGAUUUGCAUUAAAAUGAUAUGCACUCUGCUGAACAUAUCAUGAAGGACUUGGAGAAUGAGGCUACUUUUCUAUUAACACUUGAGCGAUAUUUAUUUUUUAUUUCAGUACUGCUGGCAGUAAAACAGAUUUGUCUUUUCUUGUUGAAUUAUGUUUUCUUGUGCUCUAUUUUUGCUUCCAGCAUUUGGGUGACUGAUGUUGAUUUCUUUUGUUUCGGCUCAAGAUGAACUUGUGCCAGAAAUCUGAUGGACCUGAUUUGGGGGGGAGGGAAGGGGACAGUUCUAGUUCACAGGGAAUUGGACAUCUUAAUAGUUUAGUAAAAAAAAAUUCAGUUAUAUUUUUGUUUUCAUUUUCGUCAUCAAUGAAGUUUCACAGGCAAUUUUUUUUAAGCGUUGCUUCUAUUUACUAUAGUCUUCCGGACAGAAACAGAAUGUAAAGACGUUCAAGGACAGAAAUUCUUGUUUUGUGUCUGUGAAACCUCGUUUUGCUGAUGUAAAACUUUGUUCAGUGGUAAUUAUUUACAUAUCUUCCACCUCCUGAGUAUUAUUCUUGGUCCCACCAAAAGUGUAUCAUACAAUGUCUGUUGCAGAAAAUAUGAAAAUACAUUUUUUCAUCACUCAAUAAUGACUCCAUUCUUUUUCAUGAGAUUGGUAUCACAGUUAAUCAAUCACUAUUAAAGAAAAAUAAAACCUUUUGUUAAAUCUCAAAAUUUCUUCUAUCAUCAACUUCCACUCACAUUAAAUUGAUUUUAUUUUUAAGUGUAAAAAUGAAUAGGAAACUGAUUGCUGCCAAGUGAAUUGAUAAAAACCUCAUGAAAACUGUGACCAAGGAGGUAUCGAAUGGUUCUGGUAUCUUUCCAAGCGCUGAGUGUAUUGCUUUUAUUAGCUAGUCAGAUAUUAGUCUGA